CACCAGUCACAAAUCGCUUUAAGUGCGAUUUAAAGUUGCUUUUCAGCAAUACGAUGGGAAUAUUUAACAUCGAUACACAGAGAGAACAUUGUUCUUGAAUUGAGAACAAUUGUUCUUAAAAACCGUUUUGUUUCAUUUGAAUUGUACUGUUCGGAAAAUGAAGACUUCAUUUGGAUGGUUUUUUUUGCUCUUAAGCCACGUGAGUGCCUAUCGCUUUCUAGAGGAAUCUUGUGGAACCUGGCCUGCAUAUAAACUCACCAAUGUUGCCUGGUUGGCUAAUAUUAGGAAUGCCACACAUUUUCAUUGUCACGGAACCCUGAUUCACAGACGUUUCGUUUUAACUGCUGCUCGUUGCAUAUAUCCUCCUAGAAUAAUUAUUGGCAGUCAUGUGGAAUUCGGAUCAGCUACAUAUAAUGUCAGUUUGUUUGUGGUGCACAAGGAGUAUCUACAGAACGAUAUAGGCCUGCUGAAAUUGUCAAGAAACGUCGACUUCAAUGCCUUCGUUUAUCCAAUAUGUAUAAUUUUGGAUAUGGAAAAUAGGAAUUAUGUAAAGAAUACGAUCAAGUUUACAACUACUGCCUCGAUCCCUAACUAUAAUACUGCUGAAGUCAUUAAGCUUCGACAGUUAAAUCGUAAUUAUUGUCAAAUGCAUUUAAAUUCCAAUUCGAAUCAAAUUUGUGCUUAUAGUACGGCAUAUCGAGUGUUCUGUUCUCUUGAGCUUGGAGGUCCCUUGACUCAAUAUAUCUCAAUCGAUAAUUCGACUCGUGAAGUUCAGUUUGGGAUCCGAAGCGUUGGGGAAAAAGGCUGUAAUAAACCCAGAGUUUAUACCGACCUCACAAAUUAUGACAAAUGGAUUGAGGAAACUAUACAAAGAUAUAGUACCGAAGAACAAAAGCCUGAGCAAAAACCAAACCACGGAAUAUGGUUGUAUGAAAACUGUAGUGGCAAUAUCUUAUCAUCGAAACUACGGGCUUUUAUUUAUGGAUAUCACUUCAGGGCUCAGGGUUGGUUUAUUACAGACAGAUUUGUCAUCACAAAUGCCAUAAACCUUCCCGAAGACCCUUUCUCACUAGAUGUGGGUUUGGCGGAAACCCCAAGGUCCUAUGACGAAUUCAGAGUCCAUUCUAUAUUCAAGCACAAAGAAUUCUCUCAAUAUUACAAAAAUGAUAUAGCUUUACUCAAACUGAAUAGACCGGUGACUUUUGACAAGAUGAGUCCUGUAUGCAUGCUAGCAAUGAAAAAUCACCGGGACCAGGCCGAAUCUGCCUUGUACUUUACUAUAUUUUACUAUGUUCAAACUGAAAAUCACAUUACUCUAAUGGUAAAAAAUGUUUCACUUAUUGAUCCCAUUCAAUGCUCCAACACAACUGGAAACACAAUAGACCAGAAUCAAGUUUGUGUGCAAGCCUCCCAAGGAAUGAGUUACGGAAAUCCUGGAGACAUACUGAUAAAAAAGAUAAUGUAUAAGGCAAAAGAAUGGAUCGUCCUGGUUGGUAUUGUCAGUUAUUCAUCUAAUGGCGUACAAGUUUUUACAAAUGUUAUGAGACAUACUGAUUGGAUAACCCAUGUUGUUCACUCCAAUCAAUAAAAGUAAC